UAUCAAAAUGGCGGAUGGUGUUUGUAUCGAAAGGUUAUGUUCGUGAUGAUUGUGACGUGAUAGUAAUCGUGUUUGACUGAAUAAUUGUGGAAAUGUCGUUGUACGAUGAUUUUGAUAAGCACAGAGCGUCGGACAAGGUGGCAGGAUGGUCCUCUGGGAUUAAACUGCUGCAGUCGCAGCUGCAGUUGAAGAAAGCAGCCACUACACAGCCAAAACGAGAGCAAUAUCGAAAAGCGACUGCAGUCCUCCCCCCGGUAAUCGACCUAAAAUCAAAAACAACCCUGACCCGCGAGCCCGAUCGUGAGGAUGACGCCUCGAACAGUAUUUUCCCCACGGCAAUUCCCAACAACACAGCGACCUCCGGUGAAUUCGACUGGAACGUCGUCAACGAGUACGACCCCAUGUGGCCGAACGAGUACGACAAAGUGGUGAAGGAGCUCCGAGACAUCCGCGACAGGGAGUACGACCAGGAGGCAGAGCAGCGAAAGAGGAGGCGAGAGGUGACGAGGUUCGAGGAGCCCCAGACGUCGUCGACCCCCAACAGCACGAUGAUAGUCCCCGAGAGGGACGAGGAGAGGUCGACGGCAUCCCGAGGAGUGACCGGAGGGGCCGCAAUAGCCCCUCCUCCGUCGCUUCAGGAGCCCUCGGAGCCGCUGGUGUCCUCACCUACUCCAGUGUCUUCUCCAGUGACACCAAGAGGCGGAGGGCUGGGGUAUGCGACGUCCUCAGUUGCUGCGAAGAUAAUGGCGAAGUAUGGGUUCAAGGAGGGACAGGGCCUGGGGAAGAAGGAGCAGGGGAUGAGUGUUGCCCUUCAGGUCGAGAAGACGAGUAAACGGGGCGGAAGGAUUGUUGGGGAGAGGGAGCAACUGAUGCCUCCGCCUCCUUCUCUGGUGCCCUCACCUCCCAGUGGGAGUCAGGGGCUCGGAAGCGAAGAACCCAGUAUCACUGAAAUUAUGAAGAGUCCGAGCAAGGUGGUGCUUCUCAGGAAUAUGGUAGGCCCUGGAGAAGUGGAUGACGACCUCGAGCCCGAGGUGAAAGACGAGUGCAACACGAAGUAUGGAGAUGUGGCACGAGUGGUGAUUCAAGAGGUACCAGACGUCCAGGCAGAAGAGGCAGUUCGCAUAUUCGUCGAGUUCAAGAGGAUAGAGAGUGCUAUAAAAGCUGUUGUGGAUCUCAAUGGGAGGUUUUUUGGGGGGAGACAGGUCAGGGCUGGAUUCUACUCCAGCGAAAAACUGGACAACUAUCAACUACUGGACUGAAUCAACAAUGGAUCAUCAAUUAAUCAACUUUUGCGAUAAUUAUAUUUACAGAAUUCCUAGCAGUACAUUCUCUUUUGUGUAUCCAGCUCAUUCGUGAUAAAUUGUAAAUAUUUGAUA